CAAAUACAUAUAAAUCCAACUAGCUUCAACUUUUCUCUCUUUGAUACUCUCUGCAGAAGCUGCGAGCAUUUUCCAUAGUGAUUUUGAGUUCGAAUUGGAGAAAUAGUUUUAAAAUAUAUCGUCAAUGUCGACGGAGGAGGAAAACGCCAUUGAGGCGGCGGCAGCGGCGCGAAGGGAGAGGCUGAGAGCCCUCAGAGAAGCUCAAGAACUUCUUCAAACCCCUGACGAUGAUGGUAACAAGACUAAAGAAGAGGAAGACGAAAAUGAUGUCCAAAUGAAGUUCCGCAAUUACCUGCCACAUGACAAGCAGCUUCAAGAAGGCAAAGUCACUCCGCCAGUACUUCCAAAGUUCGAAGAUCCUAUUGCGACUCUACCUCCUCCCGAAGAGAAGAAAGAGGAUCCAUUUCUAAAUAUUGUCCCCAAGAAGCCAAAUUGGGACCUGCGACGGGAUGUGCAAAAGAAACUUGACAAGCUUGAGAAACGUACCAUGAAGGCACUCACUCAACUUAUGGUAGGUUUACUUGCAGCGGUUGGGACUUUGCUUUGGCAAGCUAUUAAAUGCACCACUUGGAUGCUCCUUUGUGAAUUGAGAGAACUCCAGUAGCACUGAUCUGUGAAGUUGUUCUGACAGUAGACUCUUAAUAAACAUUACAUACAGAAAUAAAUAUGGAAUAGGAGUGACAUGCUCUUAUAGCUAUACGUAUGUCAUGACAUAUUUACGUGCACAAGUUUUAAGGAUACCUGUGCUAUGUUAUGUAUAUUCAACUUAUGUGUCAAAAGUCUAUUUUUUCUUAAA